UCGGACGGGGCUUGAUAAAUGGCGUUAUUGCGUGUAUUUAGGUUGUCAGAGGGGAGGUGGGGAGCCUCUCUGCUCGGACUCUGCACAGCCUCCCGCCAGCCCGAUAGCUGGAGGCAUGCCAGACAUGGAAAGGGGUGGGUCUCCACAGUUUGAGGAGAUUUCUUGAAGGAAUUUAGUGGGGAUCUAGGGGGCAGAAAGAGAUUUACGAAUUGAUAGGUGGUCGCGUUUUGUUUGGCCGCACGUCUUUGCGCCAGAAGACUCUGGAGCAUUGAGUUUCCUUCUCUUAAAGGAUUAGUCUUCACGAUGGCCACCAAGAGACUAAGGAGGGGUUGCUAUCCUGGCGACAUACAGCUGGUAGUUUCAACCCGGAGCGCGUCCUGCAAGCAGAGCAGGAUUCUGGCGCACUGACCUACAUCCGCCCGCAUUGAAGAGACGCUGAUUUAGUUUAGAGAGAUAUUUGCCUGAGUAUCUAUAGUUUCUUAUUUUUAAUCUGUGUUAUAUACUGAUCCUGUCGUUCACCUCUGUCAGGAUUUUUUUGGGGGGGUUAAGACGUAACAAUGACGACUGAGAAUUCUCAGCAGCAGCUGGACCCGCCGCCACCUCUCAGAUCCAGCCCUGCAUCCAGUGGCAUGCACUCGGUGGUUCAGAGCACACAGACAGUGCUGGAGAGCACAAAUGCUACAGGCACCAAAAGCAAAAAGUCGAAUUCGGGCAUGAGACGCCCUGAAAAACCACCUUACUCUUAUAUCGCUCUUAUAGUAAUGGCGAUCCAGAGCUCUCCGACCAAGAGAUUAACACUGAGUGAAAUUUAUCAGUUUCUUCAGGCUCGUUUCCCGUUUUUUAGAGGCUCAUAUCAGGGCUGGAAAAAUUCUGUAAGACAUAAUUUGUCUCUAAACGAGUGUUUCAUUAAACUUCCUAAGGGCCUCGGGCGGCCGGGCAAAGGCCAUUAUUGGACAAUUGAUCCCGGGAGCGAGUUUAUGUUUGAGGAGGGCUCCUUUCGACGCCGACCACGGGGUUUCCGAAGGAAAUGUCAGGCUCUUAAACCUAUGUACCGUAUGAUGAAUGGAAUCGGCUUUGGAGCUUCUAUGCUGCCCCAAAAUUUUGACUUCCAGUCCCCCUCGGCGUCCCUGGCCUGUCACGCUAACGGUUACAAUCUGGACAUGAUGACCAACGCUGUGCCUGGCGUUCAUGCGGGCUACGACGGCCUUAGUGCAAGUCACCAUGUCUCACACAUGUCUUCAAGCCCGGGCUCUACAUAUAUGACGGCAUGCCAGGUCACCACAAACGGUGAAUACGGCCCAGACAGCAGCAAUAGUCCGCUUCAUUCACCACCGACGAUGGCAGGCUCUUUGGAGUGCCAUUCGCCGUAUGGAGCCGCCUCGGCGCACUGGGCUUCAUCUGGUGUGUCUCCUUAUAUUAAACAGCAGCCACUGUCCUCCAGCAGCCCGAGCUCCUCUGGAUUACACUCGAGUAUGACUCCCUAUUCUCUGGAGCAAAGCUAUUUGCAUCAUAACGGCAGAGACUCGGCCGACAUCUCAGGAAUGUCUCGAUACCAAACCCACACCUCUCCGGUCUGUGACAGAAAAGACUUUGUGUUGAAUUUCAACGGCAUUACGUCAUUUCAUCCAACCACCAGUGGAUCAUACUAUCAUCAUCAACUACAUCAUCACCAAGGAGUCUGUCAAGAUGUGAAGCCAUGCGUUAUGUAAACUAUUGCAAGAAGAUAAUAAAUAAAGCAUGAGCUCGCGAUUAACAGAUUGAGUGCUUGAGGCACGGUAAUCUAUGAAGAAACUAAAAUAAACAAAAUACGCAAUGAAUGCGUUUAUCGAUCAGUGUAAAAGGAAAAAAAUAUGAAGGAGCAAAGGAAUGUAUCGACACUUAGGACUGUAUAUGGAGAGAUAACGUUUUGGCAUUGAGGUUUAGGCAUAUUCAUUAUUGUGAAACAAACCUCAAAACGUCUGCCAAUGUUGAAACAAUGCUUAACCAAACUGUUUUUAUCAUAGUUCAUAAUCAAUAGCUUUCUGUUUUAAUUAAUUACAUUUCUUGUGUGAAUAAGAAAAUACAUUGUUCCAAUAACUGAGCUUAAUAAAGGCCCAGUAAACUUGA